AUGCAAUUCCGUUUCCAGGAAUCCGAUCGGAUGGGAAAACGUGUUACGAUUGUCAACCAACUGAUUGAGAAAUUCCAAAUACCGAUACAAAUCAACAGCAAUUCUUACUGGUCUAUUAUAAGUCAAGUCGUACUAAUGCCAAGUGCAGCCGAAAACUCUCAAAACUGUAGUGAAUUGGCCAAGAGAAUUUAUUUGGAAGGACUUUUCUUAGUUUUUUAA